AUGACUCCUCCAUCUCUACUGCAAUUGCCCAAUGACUUCCAAGUCUCCUAUCGAGAUCGGAACUCGUAUCCCUGCAAUUACACCCAUCGGAGCGUCAGCACUUAUCCGAGCGCGUUGGCAGAAUUUGCGAAGAAACUAGAUGCAGCAGCAGAAGAUCUCUGUGAGAAAAACCUGAAAUAUGUGGACGUUUCUUUCCGCGAUCUCAAGGCCGACAAUGGAGAGGGAAAGGAUGUGGAAAAGCGCAACAUCCACUCUCCCGAAGGUCUCACCAAGUGGCUCGGGAUUAAGCACACCGAAAGCUCAGAUCCAAAUGACUCUGAAGAUAUAAUUUCCGUGGAACGCAAAGACCCCAAAUGCCGAUUCAUAUACAUUUUCGGACAACACACACGAGCUCGCCUAAAUAUCACACGAUCGAUGCUUACCGAGAUUUUGACAUUUCAUCAAGUGUCGCCGAACUAUCUAGACUUCUUAUUUGUUUUCGGACUGCAAAGCGAGCAGCAUGAUCUGCGGUUUAGCAGCUUCCGCGAGCAAAGUUCGCUGAGAAAGGAAUGCAAGUCGUUUGGGAUCGAAGGUUUGGCACGGUCUGGCAGACAAUACCAACUCUGCUACAAUCUGAAAGGCGUGACUGCCAAAUACAGGAACCAUGAGAACCCGUCGAAGGACGAGUUUUCUAUUCGACCGGCGGCGUUCUACCACCGGUUUGACAUUGAAAAUGGCAAUGCGCUCUGGAUGGUUACCAAAGGCGGGCUGGAUAUCCAAGGACGGUUUAAAGAACUGACUGGGAGGAAUGCACGCCCCCAAGACAAGUCCUUUGGUAAUCCGAAUGAGUGUUUCAGCUCAAGUCUGUCAGCGCAUCUUCUCUUUUGCCAUUGGUCUACCGAAGACUGGCGAGCUUACAUUAAAUGGCUGGAGUAUAUCGUGGAAAAGGAGACUAGGAUGGCUGUGCUGGGUCCCAUUGGCACAGGGCAUCACCAUCGCAUCUACACAGCGGGAGACAUUCAGCAACUACUCACACUAGAGGAAAGAAUCAGUGUGGUCAUUACUGUCCUGGAGUCAAAUGUCGAGGUCAUGGAUUCACUGAAGCGAUUCUACGAGAAGCUGGUCGUGAACAAGGACUUUGACCUGAAAGAAGAUUGCAGCUAUGACAUUGACGUCUUCGCCAGUCAAUUGAGCCAAAUGAUGGACGAUUUUAGACUGCAAAUCGGUCGGGCGAAGGCCCUGGUUAGGGUGAUGAGCAACCGGACGGAGCUGGUGAAGCAACACCGGCUGGAGAGGCUGAACGGGAAUUUGGAGAAGGAGGCGAUUGUGGUUCGGAUUGUGACGAUCGUGACGCUUAUUUACCUCCCCGCAACAUUUGUCUCGACGCUGUUCAGCACCGACAUCAUCAAGUACCAGGGCUCACCACAGGGGAACUAUUCUGCGGUGGCUAUGCAGCGAUGGCUGCAGGUCACUCUUCCACUGACUUUCCUGACUCUCUGUGCUGCGUACCUGGGGAAAAAAUGGGCUGAGCGACAGUCUCACCCGACCGUCCUGCAAGAAGAUGGAGACAAGGACGGGGAUGUGGAGGCGCAAGACAAACAGUCUGGAGAUAACAGGUCAGGGUCAUACCGGCGGGGAAACGAUAGCCAGCUGGAUGUCAGCGGUCAGCCGGUCGCUCCUCUCAAUCAAUGGUGGCAGUGGGCGAAACUUGGGGGCGACAAGGCAGCGCCAGCGUCCUCAAACGAGACAUCAACGCUAAAGAGAUGGGGGCCAAAGGCAUUGGCAAAACGGGCUUUCGGGGCUCCAGUCCCCCUGCUGCCCAUAAACAAUCAGCCUGCCGCCCAAGGAAGUUGA